AAAGACGUCUGUCUCGAUGCGGUCACGCAGUGCGUCUUCAUGCGCAUGCAAAUACUGUUUUGACUCGUAAAGAUGGACCCCGGUUUGACGGACCUCCUGAGUGAUGCAUUUUCAGUAACAUCAUUCCCUGACGGGGACUUUGAGACUUUGAAGCUGGAUGAAAGUGAUGGAGGAGAGACGAAAGAGGCAGGCCAGGAAGCAAUUUAUGACACAAGAAAUGUGUGUGUUGAGGACACUGCACACACACAUGAAGAUGUAAAUGUUCAGACCCAUGAAGACAGCUUCCAUGGAACACCUGAGGACAUCCACAGGAACCUGGAAGAGGAAUAUGACGACUCGGCAGAGGAGGAGAAAGGAAUGGCAGAUUUCUUAUCAGUGCAUGAUGUCACCUGUAGUCCAGAAAAUAGGGAGGAGUUUGAUAAGGUGCAAGGUCUAAUCCUGGACAACCGUCAAGAUGAAGAUGUGAGUGAGGAUUUUGUGACUAUUCCUAAAAGUGAUGAAGGAAAUGAAAAGAAAGAAGAAAAGACGCAAGUGGACUCAUUUCAUACAAAGGUUGAGGUAAAGGAAAAUGUGGAAGAACUAAUAGCUGAUGUCCACAAGAUGAAAGAUUUCUCAGGUGAGGAGCACCAGGAGGCAGGAGAAAGCUAUGCAGAUUAUCCCUCAGAUUUCUCUUCAUGUGAAUAUGUAGAACAUGAAGCAGAACGAUGUUUCCAGGGGAGCACUGACGACAUUGCGUCAAAAAUACCCGAAAGAGCAGAAGAUGCUGAAAUGUUAGACCUGAACGUCCCUCCACACCUUGAGAAUGAGGUCACCAUGUUGGCUCAAUGCGAAGAAGAGCAGGAAAGAAUUAAGGCCUUUUUCAGGUUUUAUAACGACAGCGACAGAGAGCAUGAAAGAGAAGGAAGGGAGACCAAAGUUCAGUUUUGCACAAAACCAGUGUCUGGAGUCUGCCAAUAUGACAGCAGUGAGUCCCUCAGCAGCUCAGAGGAGGAGCAAGGCCUGAAAAUGGUAGAAGAACCUGAAGAAUGGAUGGAGCGACCAAAAAGUCUGCAGAUUAAAAGAGAUUCUCCAUCAGGCGCUUUAAAACAUGAGACAAACAUCAACAACACUCAGUUGUGCAAAAGCAGACAUGAGGUGAUGUUAACAUUGAUAUUAAAAUAUUCAUUUAUCUUGCCUCUUGUUUAUUUUGAUUUUGUUUUCCCUCAGUAUCCAAGAUUGCUGAAGCUAAUGCUGAUGACGAGUCUGGUGACUCUAAUAGGCCUGCUGAUGUUUUGGUUGGCUGUACACCAAAUGGACUGGCUUGCUUUAUGUGUCUUCUUUUAGGGUGAAAGGGGUGUAUUUUUUAUUUUUUUAUUUUUAUGGCUACACUUU